AUGGAAUCUAUUGUUUCUCAGAUCUAUGCUCUAGUUGAAUCUGCCGACAAUGUCAGUCGGUUGAGCAUUCAGAGAGAGCUUCAGAAGGUUCAAUCCGAGAUCCAGGGUCCUCAUGAUACCCUCAUGGCUUUUGGCAAUUCGAACCUGCUGAUUGCGAUGCUUCGUCUCGCAGUAGACCUUCGUGUGUUCCGGCAGCUUGUCAAGUCGCAGCAUCCACUUACAGUUGCCAAUUUGGCGAAGCCAUCUAACUCCUGCUUGGAAUUCAUGGAGCGGGUUCUUCGCUACCUGGCAGCCAACCUUAUGAUUCAGGAGACCGGCGUAAAUGAGUAUCGUGCGAACAACGUAACCUAUGUCCUCGCUGAUCCGAGAGGUGAAGGUAUCGCCUAUCAUGGAUUCGAUGUUUUUGGUCCGGUGAUUCAGGUCAUGCCCAACUUCUUUGCCGAAAACAAGUACCAAGAUAUCACUAGUAACAUCAACACGCCAUUUCAGAAAGCAUUUAAUACCCAGCUUACUUGCUUCGAGUGGCUCGUGCAGAAUCCGAAGCAUUUCGAAUCUUUGCAAAAAGUAAUGACCGCUCUGGAGGGAGUGGAAUGGACAAAUGGAUUCUCUCUGCUGGAGGAGGAAGUGAAGAAAAUCACGCCCACUUCCCCUCCCGAGGAAACAUUUUUCGUGGAUGUCGGUGGCGGUCAUGGCCACCAGGGCAUUCAACUCGGGAAGAAAUAUCCAGCGUUACUGGGCCAUCUCGUUCUUCAAGAUCUACCAGAGACCAUCAACAGACUGCCUCCAAUCGAAGGCGUGAAAGCUCAGGCCGCCGACUUCUUCCAAGUGCAGCCAAUUAUAGGGGCUAACUUCUACUAUCUGCGCCGAAUCAUCCAUGACUGGCCCGACAAAGAAGCGGUUGUGAUCCUUCAAAACAUUGCCAGCGCAAUGACGCCGAAAUCUCGCAUUCUGGUCGAUGAUGUUGUCCUUCCAGAUACUGGUGCACAUUGGCAAGCCGCAAUGGCUGACCUCUCCAUGAUGUUUUGCUUUGGUGGAAAGGAGCGAACUACACGCCAGUGGAAUUUGCUAGCUGAUCGAGCUGGACUUCGCAUCGAGCAGUUCCACACAUAUGCUGCUACCACAUAUACUGCGAUCCUUGUAAUGGCACUGAAAUUUGAGUAG